AUGGAGCUUAAAUAUAUUGAGGAUAAACAAAAUGAUACACCUUAUUUCGAAAUGGUGUUUGCUUAUAAUUUUAUGAGCAUUAUAGUGUUGGCGCCAAAUUUUGUUGGUUUCGAUGGUUCAUUUUGUAUUGCAACAAACCACUUACGUCUUAAGCUAAAAAUACUCGCCCACAAAGUCAGUCUGGCUUUCAGAGAUGCAAAAUCUAGGGGUGAGAUAGAAAUUAAAUUAAAAGAAAGUAUUAAGGACCAUCAGGACGUAUUGGUGUUUUACAACGACAUCCAAGAAGUUUAUGGCGGAUGGUUAUUUGCAGCUUUUCUACUGACUUCUAUUACUAGUGAACAGUUAAGUCGGGACUUGUAUGGAGCUGCAUGGGAAGAAUGGCCUGAUCCAGUUCUGCGAAGACUUCUUAUGUUUAUGAUAACAAAAUCUCAGCAAACAUUUAUUCUAACUGGGAAUGGCCUAGUAUAUUUCAACAUGCAGCUUUUUAUA